AUGGAAGAGCAAAAUUAUAUCAGAGAGGUCCCGGCAGCCCUAAAGCGCUUGGCCAAAUAUAUGGUGCGUGGUUUCUACGGAGUAGAGUACUCCCUGGCCUUCGAUAUACUGAUCCGCUACCCUUGUGUGAAAGAGGAUGACUUGUUACAGUUGCUCAAGUAUGAACGUAAACAACUGCGUACUAUCCUCAACACGCUCAAGGCAGACAAGUUUGUGAAGCUGCGUAUGCGAGUGGAAACAGGGCCUAACGGGAAGAGCACAAGGCACAAUUACUAUUACAUCAAUUACAAGGUGCUUGUGGAUGUGGUAAAAUACAAACUGGAUCAUGUACGCCGGAAGAUAGAAGCGGAUGAGCGGGAUUCAACUACCAGGUCCUCUUUUAAAUGUCCAUCUUGCUCCAGCAUUUACACAGACCUGGAAGUCAAUCAGCUCUUUGAUGUAUUUACAGAGACUUUCCGCUGCACUUACUGCAACACUGAAGUAGAGGAAGAUGCCUCAGCACUUCCUAAGCACGAUGCUCGAACCUUGCUAGCAAAAUUCAAUGAGCAGCUUGAACCUAUCUUUUUGCUCCUGCGUGAGACUGAAGAUAUUGUUCUGCCAUAUGACUUGCUGGAGCCUCAGCCAACAGAGAUACCAGAAUUAUCAGAAAGCUUUGAUCAGAAGGGGAGUUCACGUGUGCUGGAAUCCUGCAGCCAACCUGAAAAAUGGGCCAACAGAAGUUCCUCUUUUGGCAAUAUGUACACCCAAAACUUAAUUAUUGAUGUCCAAGACUCUGAGCCCAAGAAGAAAAGAGAAAAAGCAAAUAAAGAACAACCUAUCUGGAUGUCACAGAGUACUGUGGAAGAAGCAACAACAGCCAUUAACAAUAGUGUUGGAGUAAAUGCGUCUGAAGAAAGUGUUAAAGAAACCGUCACUGAUAAUGCAAUCAUCGAGACUCUCUUGAUCCACGAAUCCAAGUCAUCAUCUAGCACAGACCAGGCUCCUGCUGUCACAAGAAAACUGCCUGAAUCAGGCAGUGAUACCAGUGAGUCUCAAGAAGAUGCCAAGUACUCAAGAGCAGGGAUGAAAGUGUCAGGCAGCAACUUUGAACAAGAGGAGGAACAGGAAACACAAGGUCCUGUUUUAAUGGUAGCUGGUCAGCCUCAUUCAUAUGGUGAAGUUAGUGAAAAUCCAGAGCUUGUGUCUCUCAUGACAAAUGAAGAGAGAGAAGCUUAUAUAAAAGUAGGACAGGAAAUGUUCCAGUUUGUCUUUGAAUGA